AUGAAGUUUGAAAGUCUCCUCGCUGCAGUGGUCGGCGGACGGGGCUUUGUCCAGGCUUACCGCACUGCGGCAUGUGCUAUAGCGUGCGACGCUGUUGCCAAGCUGUAUCCUAAUCAGAUUAUCACCCCGCCUUCGUCAGCUUUCCAAAGUGCCCAGCUAGAGUAUUGGAAUGCUCCACAGAGAAAUACUGCACCGGCCUGUUUCUUCCAACCCACAAGCGCGGAUCAAGUCCAGGCAGCCAUCAAAAAGGUUACACAAGCCAAAUGCCCUUUUUCCAUCAAAGGUAGUGGGCACUCUUCCAAUUUCGGUGGUUCGAGCAUCGAAGGCGGGUUCCAGUUUGAUCUUGUCAAGAUUGCACAUCAUGAUAUCGCGAAUGAUGGUCGGUCGGUAAAUAUCGGACCAGGCAUUCGAUGGGGGCCUCUGUUCUCUUUCCUCGAAGAGCAUGGUCUGACAGUUGCUGGGGGGCGUGAUUCUGGUGUUGGCGUGCCUGGUUUCAUAUUUGGCGGCGGUAUAUCUUAUCUUGCGGCUCAGCGUGGAUGGGGCGUUGACCAACUGACAUCAACCGACCUCGUGCUGGCAAACGGUAGCCUGAUAACAGUUGAUAGCACAUCCCAUCCUGAUCUUCACAAGGCUCUCCAAGGCGGAGGUGCUCAGAACUUUGGUAUAGUGACAAGCUUGAGCUUGAAAGCAUUCGAAUUUGGUGGAAUGUGGGGUGGGAUAAAGGUCACUACCGCGGACAACUUUGAACAUGUUUUCACCGCUUAUGGCAGAUUUGCGAAAGAGGUGCCAGAGGAUGGGAAAGCCCAUAUGUUUAUGGACUUCGCCAGAGUCAACGGCACACUGAUCGUCGCUCAGUACAUGUACUACGCUGAGCCAGUCAAGGACCCCAAGAUCUUUGAUGGCUUUCGUCCCAUCCCAGCUGUCAUCGAUACUUUGCGAAUAGCGAACCACUCAGAUUUUGCCAAGGAGAUGGAACAAAUCACCGACACGAGAGCAAAGCGCAACUUAUACUGGACACGCACAUUCGGCUUCGAUCUUGAGUUGCUUCGGUCUAUUUACGGACUCUGGGUCAAGAUAAGCGAAGCUUAUACAGAACAAUUAACAGCUGCUCUAGACGCUCAGCUCAUCUACCCCAAGAUGCGCAAAGGCUCGAGCGCAGGCAGUCUUUUCGGCCUCGAUGACUCCGACGACGUGCUACAGCUGAUUGUGAUUAGCAUCAUUUGGGAUGAUGAAGCUGAUGAUGAGGAAGCUAUCAAGAUUGUUCGAGGGCUUGACGCAGACAUCGACAGACUCGUCAAGCUGCGUGGGAAGCACCGUGACUUCAAGUACAUGAAUUAUGGGCACAUUGAGCAAGACAUUAUUGGGGGUUACGGCCAGGAGAAUCAGGCUUUCUUGAAGAGAGUUGCCUUGCAGUACGAUCCAGAUGGCGUGUUUCAAAAACUCCGGCAGGGCAGCUUUAAACUUGACAAUGCAGCAUAUGACACGCCAGAUCUUGGGAAUCACGAUGAAUUGUAA